GGGCGGAGGCGGCCGGCGGGACGGACGCGGCCGGGGCUGGAGCGCGGGCAGAGCGGAGGCCGCAGCCAGGGGCGGCGGGAGCGGGACGGGCCGGGCUCCAUGGCGCCAGCGGCGUCCGCCUGAGCAGCGCGAGCAGCGACGGGUGGCGGGCGGAUCGGGCCGCGGCUCUUCCUCGCCAUGGGGGACGUGCUGUCCACGCACCUGGACGACGCCCGGCGCCAGCACAUCACAGAGAAAACCGGGAAGAUCCUGACGGAGUUCCUCCGUUUUUAUGAGGACCAGUAUGGCGUGGCCCUCUUCAACAGCAUGCGCCACGAGAUCGAGGGCACGGGGGCGCCGCAGGCCCAGCUGCUCUGGCGCAAGGUGCCGUUGGAUGAGCGCAUCAUCUUCUCUGGGAACCUGUUCCAGUACCAGGAGGACAACAAGAAGUGGAGGAACCGCUUCAGUCUCGUGCCUCACAACUAUGGGCUGGUGCUCUACGAGAACAAAGUGGCCUACGAGCGACAGGUCCCACCACGGGCUGUCAUCAACAGUGCAGGCUACAAAAUCCUCACCUCUGUGGAUCAGUACCUGGAGCUCGUCGGCAACUCCUUACCAGGGACCACAUCAAAAUCGGGCAGUGCCCCCAUCCUCAAGUGCCCCACGCAGUUCCCGCUCAUCCUCUGGCACCCUUCUGCACGGCACUACUACUUCUGCAUGAUGACGGAAGCGGAGCAGGACAAGUGGCAUGCGGUCCUGCAGGACUGUAUCCGGCACUGCAACAAUGGCAUCCCUGAGAACUCCAAGGUAGAGGGCCCUGCGUUCACGGACGCCAUCCGCAUGUACCGCCAGUCCAAGGAGCUGUACGGGACCUGGGAGAUGCUGUGUGGGAACGAGGUGCAGAUCCUGAGCAACCUGGUGAUGGAGGAGCUGGGUCCUGAGCUGAAGGCGGAGCUCGCCCCGCGGCUGAAGGGGAAACCGCAGGAGCGACAGCGGCAGUGGAUCCAGAUCUCAGACGCUGUGUACCGCAUGGUGUACGAGCAGGCCAAGGCGCGCUUUGAGGCGGUGCUGUCCAAGCUGCAGCUGGCCCGGCCAGCCAUGGAGGCGGCCAUCCGCACGGACAUGGACCAGAUCAUCACCUCCAAGGAGCACCUGGCCAGCAAGAUCCGAGCCUUCAUCCUCCCCAAGGCAGAGGUGUGCGUCCGGAACCACGUCCAGCCCUAUAUCCCGUCCAUCCUGGAGGCCCUGAUGGUGCCCACCAGCCAGGGCUUCACCGAGGUGCGGGAUGUCUUCUUCAAAGAGGUGACAGACAUGAACCUGAACGUCAUCAACGAGGGUGGUGCUGACAAGCUGGGUGAGUACAUGGAGAAGCUGUCCCAGCUGGCGUCCCACCCCCUCAAGAUGCAGAGCUGCUACGAGAAGAUGGAGCCACUGCGGCUUGACGGGCUGCAGCAGCGUUUCGAUGUGUCCAGCACGGCCGUGUUCAAGCAGCGAGCCCAGAUCCACAUGCGAGAGCAAAUGGACAAUGCCGUGUACACCUUCGAGACCCUCCUGCACCAGGAGCUGGGGAAGGGGCCCACCAAGGAGGAGCUGUGCAAGUCCAUCCAGCGGAUCCUGGAGCGCGUGCUCAAGAAAUACGACUACGAUAGUAGCUCGGUGCGGAAGCGAUUCUUCCGGGAGGCGCUGUUGCAGAUCACCAUCCCCUUCCUGCUCAAGAAGCUGGCGCCCACGUGCAAGUCGGAGCUGCCCCGGUUCCAGGAGCUGAUCUUCGAGGACUUUGCCAGGUUCAUCCUAGUGGAGAACACGUACGAGGAGGUGGUGUUGCAGACGGUGAUGAAGGACAUCCUGCAGGCUGUGAAGGAGGCCGCUGUGCAGAGGAAACACAACCUGUACCGGGACAGCAUGGUCAUGCACAAUAGUGACCCCAACUUGCACCUGCUGGCGGAGGGUGCACCCAUCGACUGGGGUGAGGAGUAUGGUGGCAGUGGUGGGGACAGUGGCAGCCCCAGCGUCCCGGAAGCAGCCCCGCUCUCGGAAAAGCGACGGCGUGCCAAGCAGGUGGUGUCCGUGGUCCAGGACGAGGAGGCAGGGCUGCCUUUUGAGGCUGGCUCGGAGCCACUAUCACCUGCGUCCCCGGACAGUGUCACCGAGCUGCGCGGUCUGCUGGCCCGGGAUCUGCGGGCUGAGAGCCCCCCGCCGGCUGGCCCUCUGCUCAACGGGGCCCCCUCCCAAGAGAGCCCCCAGCCCGUGGCAGCCCCUGAGGCCUCCUCGCCGCCAGCCUCGCCCCUUCGGCCACCCCCUCCUGGAAAAGCUGCGGACCUUGAGCCCCCCAAACCUAGUGACCAGGAGACUGGGGAGCAGGUAUCCAGCCCUGGUGGCCGCCCCCCCAUCCACACCACCACCGAGGACAGCGCAGGGGUACAGACUGAGUUCUAGGCCGGUCGCCCCUGAGCUUCUGCUGGACGUGGGUCACCCCCUCCAAGGCACAGGCAGGCUUGGCUCUCGGCAGGGAGCCCCGGGUCUGUGCCUUGGGGUGGAGGUCGGUGGGGCCAUUGUGGCACCUCUGGGGCCGGGCAGGGGUGGCCCACCUGAGUCACUUUAUUGGGUUUGGUCACACUUUGCUCCUGUUUUCUCUUCUGUGGCACGAUCUUGGGCUUCCUGCUUGUGCUGGAAGCUGGGCACAGCCGAGGGGCUGAGGUGUACCCAGUGAUCACCGAUUCCCUGGGUCCUCCUCUCCUGCCUUUUAUGGCCUCGGUUUCCCUCCCGGGUCUCGCCAGCCUUCUCAGAAAGAUGGAGGUAGAGUGGUUGCUUGAUGUGUUACUUGGCCACUGGCUUCUCUCCCUUCUCACCAAGGGCUUUAUCAGAACCAGGACCAGGGAGCACUGGGGGCCCCAGUGUCCUCCUCAAUCCAGGCUGGGCCCCGAGAGGCCAGUUUGGGAGGGGACACGGGCCUUGUUUUCCCUGCUCUGGGUGAGGGGAGGUGCAAGGAGGGGUCUUCCGGCUGUAGCCAGGCUGGGGCUGCUGGGUUGAGGGGGAUGCCUCAUGGAGGAGGAGGGGUGAGGUGGCUUGGAUUGGAAUGAGAAAGGCCCAGAAUGUGCUGGUCUGUGGAGAGGAAGUGUCUCAAGGGAGGGAAGAGGGGGUCGGUGGGGAAGUAUUGCUGGGAGUGUCUUCAAGGCAGGCUGAGGCGGCAGAGGGAAGGCUGCUGGAAGCGGAGCAGGCUUCUGCACCCCCCCCCCCCCCCCCCCCCCGGCACUUAGCCUAUCUCCUGCCUGUUGGCAGCCAGCCUCCCGGAGUCCCUCCGUCCCCCUUGCCUGUCUCGGCCACAUGCUGCAGGGUGGGAUGGAGGGGAGCGUGGCCGUGUGCUCGGAAAUGGGGUCUGCGGGGUGGGGAUGGAGAUUCAUCUGUGGGCCACCCCCAAGGUACACAUUGUCCACCAGGGGAGCGGAGUACAGCUCCCCAAGGCGCUGCCGGUGUCCCCUCUGAGGAUUUGGGGUCAGGCUGUGGCUUGGCCGUUGUUGCCUCCAAGUCACCUCACCCGGCAAAUUCCCUUCUCAGAUGCGCUCCUUCCACAGCGGCUUGUUCCUGGGGGUGAAGGUCUAGCCGAGGUAGCUCCACCCCGGCAGCCCUGUCCCCAGGGACCAGGACUUCCUGCCUGCCCCAGCGCCCUCCUCCGCCCCGCACCCUCCGUCCCCUUCCUAGGGCAGGGGCUUCAGACCCAGGGGACAUAUGGUGGUGGCUGGUGCUCAGGGCCCCCUGGUCCCCCCAGCCGGACUCUCCAGUGCCUCACUAACCUUCUGCCAUCUCGUUCAUGUGUUCAGAUGCUCUCCUCUAGUGCCUUGGGGUUUUCUCAAUCGUCAUUCCCAGAUAUUGUACUGAAAAUAUUAUGCAAACUGGUUAAGCUUUACUAAUCAAUAAAUGAUUUAAAGCCA